UCCGAGUUAUCUCCUACCCGUUAUCUGCUGUUUACGUGCUGCCUCUUCUGUCGCCGACACCGCUACUGGAAUCGGCUGCAAGUGUUUUCCUGUUGUGGCCCUACUGCUAAUUGUUUCCUGGCAAUGUAACGGGAAUUCAGGGCUGGCUUUUGGCGGUGGCACCUCUUUUACCAGUCCUGGUCCCCACCUUUCCAGGAGCAGGACCCUUAGGGCUGAGCCCGAGGGCUUGUCCUGCCUGGUGAGUGCUUUGUGGAGGUGUUUUCCAGUACCUUGAGAGCCCCCUGUGUUCGGGCAAGCAUUCCUGCCUGAUUGCAGUUAUCAGCGUUGUUUAUAUGGACGCCACCUCCUUCUCUCCCUUAAUCUUGGAAGAGGCUUUUUCCAUCCAUGCUCUUCCCAGUGAUCCUGGCAGAAAGCUGAAGUUGUGGUGCCCUGCUCCUGCUGGGCAGGUGUUGCAUAUUUUUGUGUGUCUCAGCCCAUAAACCGUGUGCUGAAGCCUGGUGGUGUUGCGCCAGCAGAGAAAAUCAGAUUUUUGUUAAAUUCAGUCCGUGCAGGAAGAGGUGUGUUCGUACCUGGAAAAAUGCUCCUAAAUCCCAGCCUUGCUGGAGUUAUUCCAUAAAUCCCCAUAGCAGCAUGCAUGAGUGUAGGUAGAGGUGUUUUUCUGUGUGUUAAACACACGUCCCUUGCCAUGAAGAAAACCGAGCUGACACUGAAGCCGCACGUUUGGAAUACGAGCCGAGGGCGAUGGGAUUUGGCUGGAGCCUGGCAUGGAGGAGUGGGAGGGGAGGGCACUUGGCUCUCACCCUGCCAAUCUGGGCAGCAGCGGAGCCGAGGGUGUUGAUUCCGAUGAAGGAGGUGACAUUCCUGCCAGUGCAAGCUGCAGAGGAGCGCUGGGAUGCUGCUGGAUCCCGGCGGGAUCCCUGUGGAGCCCUGACGUGUGCGGGUGUAGCCGAGGGACAUUGUGGCCUCGGGGACAAAAGGACCUUUCCUGGCGGGCACACCACAUGUAGGCUGAGCGAAUUGCGGGAUCCCGGUGCCAGCCUUUAAAUGGAAAAUGGGAGAGCUCAUACCCUGACAGUCCUGUUCAUCCUCACGUGUGCACUGGGCUACGUAACCCUGCUGGAAGAGACUCCCCAGGACACAGCCUACAACACAAAGAGAGGAAUCGUCGCCAGUAUUUUGGUUUUCUUGUGCUUUGGGGUGACACAAGCUAAAGAUGGACCAUUCUCCAGACCUCACCCAGCUUACUGGAGGUUUUGGCUGUGUGUCAGUGUGGUCUAUGAGCUCUUCCUCAUCUUCAUCCUCUUCCAGACUGUGCAGGAUGGGAGGCAGUUCCUGAAGUACAUUGACCCCCACUUAGGGGUUCCUCUGCCAGAGAGAGACUACGGGGGCAACUGCCUGAUUUAUGACCCUGGCAAUGGAACUGAUCCCUUCCACAACAUCUGGGACAAGCUGGAUGGGUUUGUUCCUGCUCACUUUUUUGGGUGGUACCUGAAGACUCUGAUGAUUCGGGACUGGUGGAUGUGCAUGAUCAUCAGUGUCAUGUUUGAGUUCCUGGAGUACAGCCUGGAGCACCAGCUCCCAAACUUCAGUGAAUGCUGGUGGGAUCACUGGAUAAUGGAUGUGAUCUUAUGUAACGGGUUAGGAAUUUACUGUGGGAUGAAGACUCUGUCCUGGCUUUCCUUGAAAACCUACAAGUGGCAAGGACUCUGGAACAUUCCAACCUACAAAGGCAAGAUGAAGAGGAUCGUGUUCCAGUUCACCCCAUACAGCUGGGUGAAGUUUGAGUGGAAGCCAGCCUCCAGCCUGCGCAGGUGGCUCGCAGUCUGUGGCAUCAUCUUCGUGUUUUUAUUGGCAGAGCUGAACACGUUUUACCUGAAGUUUGUGCUGUGGAUGCCCCCUGAACACUACUUGGUGCUGCUACGCCUUGUGUUUUUCGUCAACGUGGGAGGAGUGGCCAUGAGGGAGAUCUACGACUUCAUGGACGACCCGAAGUUCCACAAGAAGCUGGGCCAGCAGGCCUGGCUGGUUGCUGCUAUUACUGCCACGGAGUUCCUGAUCGUCGUCAAGUACGAUCCCUACACCCUCACCCUCUCCCUGCCCUUCUACAUCACCCAGUGCUGGAUCCUGGGGAUUAUCCUGGUGCUCACCUGGACAGCCUGGCGCUUCUUCAUUCGGGACAUCACCCUGCGGUACAAGGAGAUCCGGCGGCAGAAGCAGGAGCACAGGCACGAGAAGGACAAAUGCCUGAGCAACGGGGAUGGACACUCAGCCCUGCUGGAUGAACCCAACGGGAGCAAACUCCGGGAGAGGAAGCUCUGAGUGCAGACACGGGGCUGACAGGAACUCGUGGUGCACAGUCCCAACCUUAUCCUACCUAACUCCUAAUUGUCAUUGUUAGCGUUCCAGCGUGUGGGGGAGGAUGGCACUGACACAGCCCCCCUCUCUGCUGGUGUCACCUGGGCAGGGCUGGAGGAAGGCUGUGUGGAGGGAGGUCAGUGCUGACCCCGCGCACGGGCGGGGCCUUCACCUGGUGCUGUGCGUCUUCCUCGGAACCAGGUGUGGAGACGGAGGGCUCAGAGCACGGCACACAGGGAUCUGCUGCUCCAUUCCCAGGGAACUGAGAGCUCCGUGGGGCGUUUGGGCAUUAGGAACACUUGUUUUGGAGUGUACAGAGACCAGGCACGGGAAAGGAAUUGUGUUCUUCCUGCUGGAACUACCUGGAGCUGUGGAGGAGGAUUGGGUGAAGUGUUCAGCGAGGUGACCGGGUACACGGGGAUGUGUGACCAAGCUGCAUUCCUUGCACAGGAUGUACCACACCACACUGCUGUUCCAGCCCCUCUGCAGGGCAUCCUACUGACUUCCAACGUCCUGGAGCGGCCUGCAGCACGUGGGUGGUGUGUCCCAGCUCUGGGCAGACAGACAACUUCUCCUUAGUCUUAUUUCUAAUUUCUCUUUUAGUCUCGGUCAUCUCUUAAAUGUAAGGGAAGGUGAAGUGAGAAAGGUCAAGCUGCCUUUGCUCUGCGGAGUAAAAUGUGUCAUAAACAGACACUGGGA